AUGACAAAAAAGCGUUCCACAACACCUUCAAAAGCAGCACCAAACAUUACCAGCCCAACAAAAAGUUUACCACCCAGCAACAAUAUUACGGAGUCAAAUACUAGUAACAAUGUUGAAAGUGAUACAACAAAUUAUGAUUUAAUUAAUAAUACAUCUUCAAUCAAGUGUAUCUUAUCUUGUGAUAAAUCUUUGGAAGGAAAAAUUAAUAAUGAAUCCAUAAAAGAAAUCAUUGGAUUGGAAUCAUCAUCACAAUAUAUUCUUUCCGUGAAACAAGAGAAUGAUAACUUUUCAUUCACUAGAUUUGAAAAGUUGAAGGACCAAAUUGAAAAUUUGACUACCUACAGCACAAAAAGUAAUUCAUCUAGAAUAUAUUUUAAUAAUGACUCGCUAGUUUACUAUACUAAGAAUAAGUCAUCUAUUACGGAACAUACUGUAGAUGGUAAUCAAUCAAAGAUUGUAAAUCAUGUAAAGGAUAUCAAAUUCUACCAAAUAGUUAAAAAUAUAUUUGAAAAUGAAUUUAUUCACAUUAAUCAUGAACAUGUUUUACAUACAAUUCAAGGAUCAUCUAUUAGCAUUUCUUUGAAGAAAUUAUUAACCAAUGUUGAGCAAUACGAGUAUAAAUAUAGUACUGAAUCAUGUUUGAUUUACUUAGAUAUUUCAACCAAUACAUUAUUUUCCUAUAAUUUUAUUAAAGACCAAAAUACUAAAUUGGUUACUUUCAAAAAAUUGUUCAAGAAUAUUAAUAUUUCAAAAUAUGACAAUGACUACUUAUUACUUACAAUGAACAACCAAAACUCCACAAUUAUCCAAAUUUGGAAUAAGGAUUUAACAACAGUAAUGAAAUAUGCACUAAUCAAGAAUAAUUUGAGAUUUGUUGCUUAUAACCAACCUUUUGUUAUUUUUGAUAAGUGUUUAUUCAAAAUGUUCAAAUUUGAUGGUAUAAAGUUUACAAAGGCUAUCCAAAUCAAGAAUAGAAAAUUGACCAACAUUUUUGUUGACUCCCACAAGACUGAUAAUGGUUUUGUGUUUUCUAUUCACGAUUCAUCUCAAUGGAAUAAGAUUGAAACAGAAUUACAACAAAAACGUUUAAAUAUUCUAGAUGCUUUACUGAAGAAUUCUUCUAAUUUAUUAGAAUAUAUCAAACAAUUACCAUUGAUUGAAUAUUAUCAGAUUUUAUUGGAACAUGUUUUCAAUAAUAUUUCCAAUGAUAAUGUCUUACCCUGCUUAGAUUAUUUACUUUCUAAUUAUACCCAAAUUGAAAGAAGUGAUGGAAUGACAAGUAUUCAUAUUGGUAUUAUGAAUAAGAUAGUUAAUUAUUUAUUGGACAAUUAUAGUGCAAAGUAUAGAACAAGUUUGAAUCUCAUUGUAAAAUUGCUCAUUUUAUCAGAUGAACAAAUUAUUCGUUAUAUCAGUAUUUACAACAGAGAAAAUUAUCAGGAAGGUUUAAGACUUGUAUUGAAUAGCCAGUACAGAAAUGUACAAUUAUUGAGUAUGAUGAAAUUUGUCAAGACUUUAGAUUUUGAAGCAGUUGUUACGGUUUUGAAUUUAUUGAAAGAUGAAGCAGUUCAUAUUGAAUCAUGUAUGGUUUGGACACAAAUAUUGGUUCAUUCACAUUUUGGAGAAUUUUUACUUAAAAAGGAUUGCUUAGAAGUUAUUCAAACGAUUCAAACAAGAAUUAAGAGCAGUAUUUCACAACUUAAACAAUUAUCUCUAGUGAAGAGUGAAUUAGGUAUCAUUAGCUCAGGAAUGGUAUUACCAAAGAAGAAGGAGAAGAGUAAGGAAAAGUUGUUAUUGAAUGGAGCUCGUUGGAAUUCUGGAGAAACUGAUUAUAACAUUUCUCUUAAUUACUUUUAACUUUAUUUAGAGGUUUGACAUCUGAGCGAUUUCUUGAGUUUGUACCCGUAAUAAACUAUCAUAGAUGAAAU